AAAGCGUGAGGCGGUGAAUGACAAAGGACGACACAGUAAAGUCCACUUACUACGUCCAGUUGUCUCGAUCCUCUCUAACUCAAGUUUGGGAGGCCGACGAAAACCGCAAUACCUUCAUUUGUUCUUCUCUCUCUCUCUCUCUCUCUCUCUCUCUCUCUCUCUCUUCCUUUUCUCCCCCAUUUUCUUCAGUGGGAGGUGAGAAUAAAGAGGCCAUGGAGGUUUGGGACCUGCAGUAUCCACGCAGAAAUGCAGCUAACUUCGCUUUCGUCGAACUCUUACCCAGCAGGUCAAGAUGACGGUGGUGGUACAUGGGACUACUUCCCAUGCCCUUAUUGCUAUGUUGAAAUUGAAGUACCCGUUCUCAGUACUCAUCUGCUAGAGGAACACUGCUUUGAUAUAAAAAAUUCGGUAUGCCCUCUUUGCGCAGCCAAUCCAGCAAAAGAUAUGAUUGAGCACAUGACGGUGCAGCAUGCAUACUUUCUGAAGCGUACGAAAUCUCGUAGAGCAAAUUUAUGGUGUGGUAACCCAGAAUCUGUUGGAAAGGAACCAUAUGGACACAAUUGUUUCGAUAGAGGUCCAACCGAAAAAAGGGGAAGUUUAUCCGAUUCUGUUUCAGGUCCACUACUCUCGUCAUUUGUCUACAACUUAUCUUUUACAGAUAGCAAAAAUCACCGAGAAGACAAUUCUGAUGCUGCAGAAUUAGAUCCUUCAUCCCUCCAUGAGCAGAGCCUUGAUAUGUCCCUAUCCAACCAGGUCUUGGAGAAAGAUUAUGAACUAAGAAGCCAGAUGGCAUUCUUUGCACAACUGAUGAUUCUGUCAACAAUUUUCUAAGUUCUACUUCUCAGCAAAUGCCCACUUGCGUCAUUCUUGAAGAAUUUCAUCAUGGAUUGUUUCACUGAAUAGCCCGGCUCAGUCAGCUAUUUCACACAGCUCAGUUGUAAAACAUUAUUUCCAUGGAAUAUAUUUCCCUUAUAUAUAUUUCAGGCAUCAUAUCUCUUAGAGUUUGUAAUAUUAACUGCAACAAGACACAAUUUAUGCAUUGAUGACAGUGUGUUGGGAACCAUUGCAUGCUAUUUUGCCAGUAUACGAA